AUGUUUGGAGAAUUCAAGUUAUCAAGAGAUCAAAAUAUUUAUUAUAUUGAAUUAUCUAUAUAUCUAGGCUCCAUAAAAGUUACGAUUAGUGAUGAUAAUCGCAUCGAUUGCAGAUUUUUUUCACUUGCUUUUGAUAUUGAGCCAUCGUUUACUUUAGAAAACAGUUUGCAGGAAUUCAGUAAGCAAACGCAGCAUAUUUUCGAUGAUAAUGAUUCAGACACAGACGAAUUUGAGAAAACUCAAUUUCUUACUAACUGGUACACAAUCACAGAUACUCCAAUACAAACGACUUAUGAUAUCUUUUCCACUGAAAUAAAUGGUAUUAUUAAAGAAUGUGCUAUAAACCAAGAUAUAUGUUUCAAUCUGAAGCUACCUGUAUGGGUUUCAAAUAUGGCCAAGCAGUUUUAUAACUUAUAUAAUAAAAUUGGUUUCGAAAAUUUUUUAUUAACAGUUCUUCAAUUAAGAAUCACAAUUUGGGCCACGAACAAUACAGCGAUUGAAUCAACAGAGAUGUUUGAAGUAGGCGAGGUAGUUAUUAAAGUUUCCGAAAAUCACCUCUUAUCAAAAAACUCAUUUUAUUUUAUACAUAGAAUUCCCGACCAUGAUGUUUUUGCUAUUAAAGAAUAUAGGAAGAAAGGCGAAGAAUGCACAAUUGGCAUUCUAAGAAUUUUUUUUAAUUCCAAACCUCUAAUUAUGAAAAAUAUUAAUCAGAACAUAAAAGUUAAAGAUGUUUAUAAAAAAGGUAUUUUGUCUUACGAUGCCUCAAAAAAAAGUACUGUUCAGAAAUUGGAAAUUAAUCAAAAAAAUAUUCAAGAACAGCUUCAUGAUUUUGUUCCUCUACAAUGGGAAUAUUUAGAUGAUAAUAAUGUGAUUAGAGGCCCAUAUAAUAGUAUUGUUAUGAUGAGCUGGAUAAUAAAGGGAUACUUUGCGGAAAAUAACCUAUUACGGUUAUUUGAAAUUGAUCAAGAAUGUGCAAAUAAAAGUGUCAUUACAAGAAAAUUUGAGAAGUUUAAAUCUCUGAAACAUUACUUUUCUCUGAUCAAAUCAGAUGUAUCUAGAAUAUUUAGAUACUCACCCGACAAUGAAUUAAACAAAGAGUUAAUAGUUAGAAAGUCCAUCAAUGAAAAUAUUAGCCUACAUAAUACAGAAACGAUUAACAAACCAAUUUUACAAAAACUAAAUACAAAUUUUACUUCAAUAUCUUACGAAAAGAAAAGAAUUGAAAUAGAAAACGCAGUAAAUAUGUUGAAAACCCAAUUCUCAAAUAUUGAUAAAGAAUUUCAAAAUAAAAGAAAAGUUAAAGAUAAAAAAAAAGAUAAUGAUUCUUCAAAAAUUGUAAAUAAAAGCAGUGAUGAAUUUAUUGAAUUUGCAACAAAAAAUGUAUUUAGGCAGAAGAACAAUAUUUUAUUCAAAAGAUGGUCUGUGGAAUAUGGACCUGAAUUAGUGUUAGAAGCAUGCGCAAUUAGGAUUCAAACCGCAUAUCGUAAAUAUAUUAGAAAAAAACAUGAGCAAACAAAUAAGAAUUCCGUGAUGUACUUUAAAAAUUGGAAGAAGGAAUGA